AUUUGAAAACAUGGAUUCCAAAAAAGCAUCUGAAGCAUCAGGCAAGAUGAGUGAUGAUGGAGACAUUGCAUCUGUCAUGGGAUUCUCUGGGUUUGGUAAGAAAGCCCGCACGUUUGACCUUGAUGCCAUUUUUGAGCAGACAAGACGAACAGCCAUCGAGAGGAGUCAGCGUGUGUUGGAGGAGCGGCAGAUGGAGAUGCACGUGGAGGAGGAAGGGGAGAGCUCUAAGUCAGUCAAGCCAUCAGUCCACAGUCAGAGAGACAAAGCUGCAGCAGCUUCUUCCAGAGUGCAGAAGAAAGAGAGCAGCAGUGACAGUGGGUCAGAUUCUGAUUCAGACUCAGAGCUUAUCGGGCCACCCGUGCCUCCUCAGCAUGAUGAUGAUGAUGAUGAGCUCGUAGGACCACCUCUUCCACCAGGUUACACAGGCAGCACGGCUCACAGUGAUGAUGAUGAUGAUGAUGAUGAUGAUGAAGAAGAGGAGGUGCAAGAUGAUGAUGACGACGAUAAUCCAGUGAAAAGGAUUCCAGACACUCAUGAGAUCACUCUGCAGCAUGGCACUAAAACGGUGUCAGCUCUUGGCUUAGAUCCCUCUGGAGCCCGCCUCGUGUCUGGUGGAUAUGAUUAUGAUGUGCGCUUCUGGGAUUUUGCUGGGAUGGAUCAGGCUCUACAGGCCUUCAGAUCGCUGCAGCCCUGCGAGUGCCAUCAGAUCAAGUCUCUGCAGUACAGCGUCACCGGUGAUGUCAUCCUGGUGGUUUCAGGCAACGCGCAGGCCAAGGUGUUGGACCGUGAUGGGUUCAGUGUCAUGGAGUGUGUGAAAGGAGACCAGUACAUUGUGGAUAUGGCUAACACAAAGGGUCACACAGCUAUGCUUAAUUGUGGGUGCUGGCAUCCUAAGAUUAAAGAAGAGUUCAUGACCUGCUCCAAUGAUGGCACUGUACGCACGUGGGACCUGAACUCAGAGAAGAAGCACAAGUCUGUGUUCAAACCUCGUUCCCUCCAGGGCAAGAAGGUCACCCCCACAUGCUGCACCUACAGCCGCGAUGGAAAGCUCAUCGCAGCGGGCUGCCAAGAUGGUACCAUCCAGAUCUGGGACAGAAACCUCAGCGUUCAUACAAAGUUUCACUGUCGGCAAGCCCACGCUCCAGGAUCGGACACCUCGUGCCUCACCUUUUCUUAUGAUGGCAUGACUCUUGCUUCACGUGGAGGUGAUGACACUCUCAAGAUUUGGGAUAUACGCAAGUUCAGGAAGCCAGUAAAUGAAGUUAGUGGUCUGACCAACUACUUUUCCAUGACUGACUGCUGUUUUAGCCCAGAUGACAAGCUUCUGGUAACGGGGACGUCAGUGAAGAAAGAUGAAGGAAAUGGGAAGCUGGUUUUCUUUGACCGAGCUUCAUUUCAGAGGGUCUAUGAAAUAGAAGUCACCAAUGCAAGUGUUGUCCGCUGCCUGUGGCACCCAAAACUUAACCAGAUCAUGGUGGGAACUGGAAACGGGCUGGUCAAGGUGUAUUAUGACCCUGUUAAAAGUCACAGAGGGGCUAAGCUGUGCGUAGUGAAGAGUAAGCGCAAAGAGAAACAUGCAGAGGCUCUCACACAAGACUACAUCAUCACACCUCAUGCCUUACCCAUGUUCAGAGAGGCCCGACAGCGGAGUACACGCAAACAGCUGGAGAAGGACAGACUUGACCCAAAGAAAUCCCACAAACCCGAGCCUCCUGUGUCUGGACCAGGCCGAGGAGGCAGAGUUGCAGCUCACGGUGGCACGUUGUCUUCAUUCAUUGUGAAGAACAUUGCUUUAGAUAAGACAGACGACAGUAACCCGCGAGAGGCCAUCCUACGUCACGCCAAGGACGCAUCAGAGAACCCUUACUGGAUUGCCCCAGCAUACAAACAGACCCAGCCAGAGCCUGUGUUUGCAGACGAAUCAGAGGAUGAGGAGACUGACAAAGAACCAGAAUGGAAGAAACGCAAAAUCUGAGAGACUUUGGCAUCAGUUCAUUUUAUACAGGACAUGCAGGCAGGGUGGCGAUUAGUCGAUAAACAGAGUUACUCUGCAAAGGAGCAUCAAUUAUGUUGCUAAAUUGUACAGUAUCUGUCCUCCUUACAGUGCUAUUAAGCCUUUAUGUAUAUUUUAUGUGCACUCGUCUGUGUUAAGGGGAAACCCAUAAAUCAAAGAGGAUUUUAUCAUAAAUGUAAUUUUCUUUAGGCUUCAGUUUCUCUCACUGCAAUUCAUGAACCAGUGGAAAGCUUUUUACGUCUGUUUAGAUUGUAUGUACUUUAUUUUCAUCACUCCCAUUGUCCUCUCACCCCACAUCUCCAGCGUUUGCUAAUGCCUCGUAAAUCGGCUCCAGAUUUUGCGGUCUGGAGCUGUUUAUCGCUAUGAAGAACAGUUUGCCAAUUUGUAUUAAGUAAAUGACUAAGAAGUACAAAAAAAAUCCAGCCAAAUUUACUUUGAGAUGUUUUAAAGGCUUUAAUGUUUCUAAAGAUGUAUUUUUUGGGGUUGUGAUAUACAAAACUUUAUCAGUCAUCUGCUAAUUUAGUUUGUUUUGGGUUAUUUACACCCUGAAUUCCACCUUAAAAACCUUAAUAAAAGACAUUGCCUCUAAAUGUCAAAUUGUAUAUUUUAUCCAAAGUGAAUUGGUUUUAACAGCUGACUAAAGGGAGAUCUUGGCCAGAUAGCUUUUCUGUGAGGCUUCAGUUCCUCACAGAGGCUGUAGCUCCAAAAUACACAGCAUACCCAGUCUUACUCUUUAAAAAGAACCGUUUUUACUGGCUCCUUACAAAAAAAAUGUAAUUGCAAGUACAGUUUCUAAUAUGGAAACCCUAGUUUUGUUGAAAAGGUCAUUUUCUGCAGUCUCCAACCACAUGCUGAAGUCAGUAUAUCAAAGUUUACUCAGUGUGCAUCACAUGUACAUAUUUCAUUUGCAACAUUAAGCUAAGAGUCUUUCUCAAACAGCUGUUCUCAAAGUGAAUAAUAAACUUCUACAGUCAAA